AACCUGCACACAUACAUCACACAUUAGGCUACAGUUUCAACACGCAACCUACAUUAGUACAGUAAUCCUAGAGCUGCACACAGUGAAUGGGGAAACAUACACACACACCACACGCACACACGCACAAGAAUGAUUCUCCUGUGUGUCUUGUGGAUUUGCACUGGAGCUGAGGAUGAAGACGCAAAACAUCAGGACCCUGUGCCUCAUUAUCUCCAUCAUUCUCUAUCUUCUUGUGGGAGCCACAGUUUUCCAAGCCUUGGAGGCUCAGAGUGAGACCCUAAGGGGGAAAGUCUUGGAGCAGAAGCUGGACGAGCUAAUCACAAAGUAUGGUUUAACCGAGGAGGACUUCAGAGAGCUGGAGAGAGUGGUUCUGUUGUCAGAGCCACACAGGGGAGGCAGCCAGUGGAAGUUUAGUGGAGCCUUUUACUUUGUCAUCACUGUAAUCACCACUAUAGGUUAUGGCCAUGCUGCUCCUCGGACCAAUGCUGGUAAGGCCUUCUGUGUGUUCUACGCAACCCUAGGCAUCCCCCUGACACUGGUCAUGUUCCAGAGCCUUGGAGAGAGGAUCAAUACUUUAGUACGGUGCCUGCUGAGGAGAACUAAGCAGAGUCUGGGUCUACAGAAGGUAGAGGUGUCCAUGGGGAACAUGGUAGUGGUCGGACUGUUGUCGUGUGCGAGCGCUCUUUGUGUUGGAGCCGCAGCCUUUUCACAUUUUGAAGACUGGUCCUUCUUCAACGCAUACUACUAUUGUUUCACCACACUCACCACCAUUGGCUUUGGAGAUUUUGUAGCCCUGCAGAAGACAGAUGCUCUCCAGAGGCAGCCAACGUACGUGGCCUUUACCCUCAUGUACAUACUGGUGGGACUGACAAUCAUGGGAGCUUUUAUCAACCUGGUGGUCCUGAGGUUCCUCGCUGUCAGCUCAGACAGGCUUGGGAAAAGGGAGGUGGCUGACGGAGAGGAGCAGGUACCUAAGCCUAAAGAUCCCCAGGAGGACAGGGACGUCUUGGACGGUGAAGGAGAAACUGCUGCAGCAGCAAAUACACACAGAGAUGAUGGAAACAGCAUUCACCACAACCUUAGUCUGCCUAUGGAGACGGGCACCAGCUGCAUUAACCUUCUACCUCCUUCUGAAGGAGGUCCCAGACAUUUCCCAUCCUCACAUGGAGACUUAACACUUCCUGAUAGGAACAAACUCACACCUCUGUUGUUCUGCUUCUGCUGUGGUCUGGGCUGUGAUGACAGCAGUUCUCUAUCAGGCAGUGACCAGGAUCCUGGUCACAGCAACCUCAUCUUCUACAAUUCCAUCUCCUACAAAGUGGACCAGGCCUCCAUAGCUGCUUCAGCCAACAGAGGCCUCUGUCACUGCAAGAACAGCUGUCGCUCCCGGAGUAGAUCCCUGUAAGACUGGGUUUCACUAAAGGAAUAUUUUAGGUUUUUUAUAGAGACUAUCAGCAGUAAGGACAAUAACUUUGUGAUUAAAAAAAGGAAAAUACUUGUUUGUUUCAAGUUUCACCUUACUUUUAAAAAGUAACUGAGUAAGUACUCAAUACAUUUGCAUACAGUGAAGGUUUUAGAAUUUGUUUAUAUUUUUAAGUCUAGGACAGAUGGACAGUACCUGGUUCACUGGGGCAGAAGAUCAACAUGAAGAGCCAGCAGCUCCAAAAGACGGCUAUGUAGUUUGUCUACAUUACGACUAUUCCCACCAAUAAAUCUGUAAAGAUUUUCAGGAAAUGAUGUCUUGUCAGUUGGAAGUUCCUGUUCUCCAUCUAGAAAAAAAAAUAAAAAUCAACAAAUCAUGUCCAUUGAGGAUGAAUAAGUUUUGUGAUCAUGGGGUUUACAAAUAAAUGUACUGUACCUGAUUAGACAUUGUAAAACUGGCCUCAUUUUUAGAUGGCUGAACAGAGGAGGUUACACAAAGGGUGUACACAUACCACUUCAAUAUGUAUAGGUUCCUUCAAUUCCUUUGUGGGGCCACAAGGUGGAACAGUGGUUUGUGCUUUUGUAGACUGUUUUUCUUUUCAGUAUGAGUGAAUAGUUCACUCUAAACUGACAUACAUGUCUCCUCUGUCCUCAUCAGCUGACUGCUGGGUUCAGCUCCAUCUCUCCAGUGGUGAACAUAUCACAGGAAGCACACAAACAGUUCAGAAGUUUUAAUUUGGACAACAAGGAUUAAACAAUGUUAAAAUGACAUCAAAUCCAAGGACUUUUAGGAGACCAAAACUUACAAAAACGUUAUUCUUCUAAAAUAAAAAAGGCCUUUUCCACGUGAAAAUGAUGUGUCAAAUCUACGUACACCAUUCUCAGUAAUUGUAUGCAUACAAAAAACAAAUCCACAUCACAUGAUGCUUAUGUUCAAGUAUAUUUAUCAACUUCAUCUAAGCAUUCCCCUUAUUUGAAAGAAAAUGUCCUUCAAAAUAAAACAAAAUGUCAGAAAAACCACAUUUUAUGUACUACCAAUACAUAUAUACUGUAUAAAUACAUACAUAAAUACACUUUACAUACAACAGCCAUAAAUUUGAAAAGUGGAAUAUACAGAGGAGAGGGGAGUGGAGGGGUAGGGUGGUAGUGUGUGUUUUAGCUUGUGUUGUAAAACCUUUGUUGCCUCUCCGUCGUCCAACGGAUA